AGCAGGUAACGUAUUUCAUGAAAAUCAACACGAAAUGAUUGGAACAAAACAAAUAACUUGGCUGUAAUGAAGUUUCGGAAUGUUAAUUUUAAACAUUCUCUUGAAUGUUAUUAAUUAGAGCAUAAUAAAUGUAAAUAUAGAUCACUGGCUUGGGUAAAUUAGAAACUCUUACAAAUUUAAAAUACGUGCAAACUUUUUUACAGGCUAAAUAAUAACGAUAUCAAUGACAAUAUGUAACAAAAUGUUAACUCUUCUUCUGUUGAAAAUAGUUACUGAUGAAACUUUUCUGGCUACUUUUCUUUGUGUCAAGUUAAUGAAUUAAAAUAUGGAUUUUAAUGAUGAUUUGAUUGAAGAUGAUAAUCUGAAUAGCCAAAUUGAAUUUCCUGCUGAAGUUCAAAAUGCUAUUGAACAAGUGCUUCCAAGCACAGACCCUUUAGAUCAUCCUGAUUUUAAUGCUGUUGAUUAUAUCAAUAAACUGUUCCCAACUGAACAGUCAUUAUCUAAUAUUGAUGAUGUUACUGGUCGAAUGAAAAUGAAGAUAAGGCAACUGGAUGAUGAGAUACGCUCUGUUGUCAGAGGUCAGACAAGUGUUGGUCAAGAUGGCAGACAAGCAUUAGAAGAAGCUCAAAAGGCAAUUAAGCAACUUUUUGCUCGUAUAAAGGACAUCAAGGAUAAGGCUGAAAAAUCUGAACAUAUGGUGAAAGAAAUCACUCGAGACAUUAAACAACUUGACCAUGCUAAAAGGCAUUUAACUGCUUCCAUUCUAACUUUAAAUCAACUUCACAUGCUUGUAGAUGGAGUAGAAAAGCUGCAAAUGUUAGUGAAAAAGAGGCAGUAUGGGGAAAUAGCUAAUCUUCUUCAAGGUGUGACAAAUGUUUUAGAUCACUUUCAAAAAUACAUGGGAAUUCCGCAGAUUGCUCACUUAUCUGAGAAAUCUCAACACAUUAAAGCUGAGCUUACUGAACAGAUUACUAAUGAUUUCUAUAAUGCCUUUUCUGGUCCAAGUUCUAAGCACUUUGUAGCAAAUCAGCAGUUAGCUGAAGCAUGUUUAGUGGUUUCAAUUCUUGAACCAAAAGUGAAGCGUGAUCUUUUAAAGUGGUUUGUCAGCAAUCAACUUUCAGAGUAUACCCAUCUCUUUCAAGAGACUCAAGAUAUUGCAUGGCUUGAUAAAAUUGACAAACGGUAUCAGUGGUUGAAGAAACAUUUGAUAGAAUUUGAAGAAAAAUUUGGUCGUAUGUUUCCUCCUGAUUGGGAAGUCAGCGAGCAUAUUGCUGUAGAGUUUUGCCAUAUAACAAGGAGAGAGCUUGGAAAACUGAUGUCUUCUCGUAGAGAUGAAUUAAAUGUCCAAUUAUUGUUGUUUGCCAUUCAAAAAACUACAAGUUUUGAAUCUCUUUUGGCUCGUAGAUACUCAGGUGUAACAUUAGAUUCUACAAUUGUUCAGCACUUUACAAAAAAAGAGGGUCCUAAUCCAUUUGAAGAUAAUGAUGACUCAAAUCCUUUUAAAGAGGACAUGAAAAAAGAUGUGGAUACACCAUCAUCAGAUAAAAGUACUGCUGAAGAUACAUCUAUUGUUAAAGUCAGUAAUCCAUUCCAAGGCAUUAUAUCCAGAUGUUUUGAACCACAUCUUAAUAUUUAUGUUGAAUACCAAGACAGAAAUCUUGCCCAGUUAAUGGAUCAAUUUGUUGAAGAUAUGCAGAAAGCGGAACUUCCAAAACCAGAAAUAGAUCGAGCUAACGUUUUGCCAUCCUGUGCAGAACUUUUUGUUUUUUACAAAAAAUGCCUAGUGCAAUGUUCUCAAUUGAGUAUUGGACAGCCAAUGUUGGCCUUGACUGCUACAUUCCAGAAGUAUCUUCGAGAAUAUGCUCAAAGGGUUUUGCAGAAUAGUUUACCAAAAGUUGGAAAUGUUACUACUUCUACCAAUUUAAUUCAAAGUUUAUUGAAAGAGGGUGAAAUAACUAAGUUCAGCCCAGCAGAACAAAUAAAAGUGUGCAGUAUUUUGACCACUGCAGAUUAUUGUUUGGAAACGACUCUGCAGUUGGAAAGCAAACUGAAGGAAAAAGUUGACCCAACCCUGGCUAAUCAGAUCAAUCUUGUUUCUGAGCAAGAUGUGUUUCAUAAUGUGAUAUCUAAUUGCAUCCACCUUCUUGUACAAAAUCUUGAACUUGCAUGUGAGCCUGCAUUAACGGCCAUGAAUAAGAUUCAGUGGGCUGCUUUUGAAGCUGUUGGGGAUGAGAGUAGUUAUGUCACAGCAAUAACAGCACAUCUUAGACAAACCUUGCCUCUACUUCGAGAUAAUUUGUCAACAUCUAGGAAAUAUUUUACUAAAUUUUGUAUGAAUUUUGCAAAUUCAUUCAUACCUAAAUUUAUUUGCCACCUUUUCAAAUGUAAGCCAGUUAGUCCAAUUGGAGCUGAGCAGCUGUUGUUGGAUACUCACAUGCUUAAAACAAUUUUACUGGAUUUGCCCUCACUUGGAUCUGUAUCAAUGAGAAAGCCACCUCCAAUGUAUACAAAAAUUGUUGUGAAAGGUAUGACCAAAGCUGAGAUGAUUUUAAAGGUUGUAAUGGCUCCACAUGAAAAAGAAAGUUUUGUUGAUGAUUACAUUAAAUUUUUACCAGAAUCUGACAUCACAGAAUUCCAGAAAGUUCUUGAUAUGAAGGGUUUAAAGAGGAGUGAGAUAAAUAGCUUGACAGAAAUUUUCAGAUCCCACCAACCAUCUCUGCCUAGUACUGGCCAUCAACAAGAGCAUGAUAUCAUCAGCACUCCAACAAUAUCAAAUACUCCAGAACAUGAAUCUAGUCGUAUAAAAAAAUUAGAGAAACUAAUAAAACGAUUGUAAAUUAUGGAUUGUAAAUAACUGCCUGUUUUCAAAAAAAUAAAUUUAUAUAUUUUUUAGCAUUAUAA